AUGUCUCUUUUCAUUGGAAAUGUCAACCAAUAUAGUUAUGCGAGGGUAGAUCCUACGAAGAUAGCUGCUGCACAACUCCAAUAUGAAGCCAUGUCGGCCACCUUUAACCGUCUUCUCAUAACAUGUCAAGAAAAGUGUAUUCUUGCUGAAUACGGUGAGGGUGAUUUAAACACUGGAGAGCAAAGUUGCAUCGAUAGAUGUGUAAGCAAAUACGUCAAGGCUAACAUUGUGGUUGGGAAGGUAUUCCUGGACUUGAACUAUGAUGCUACCCGUGACAUGCCUGAGCAUCGUAUUAUUCAAAGAGAACUUUCAAAGAUUGAAAGCAGCAGCCGAUAG